CGAGAAGCAUAAGAAGAAGAGAUUGAGACAGUGGGAAGGAGUAAAAGAGAGGAGAUGGAGCAACUAUAUCAACAACAAGAGCAGGAGCACAACGAGCAAGAACAUGAGCAUGAGGUCUACGGUGGAGAAAUACCUGACGAAGGAGAGAUGGAAGCUGAUGUCGACAUGUCCGUUGCCGACAACGAAGAGGAUCCUAAUGCUAAAGAGGACCUGGAAGAAAUGAAGAAGAGGCUUAAGGAGAUUGAAGAAGAAGCAGGUGCUCUUCGUGAGAUGCAGGCCAAAGUUGAGAAGGAGAUGGGGGCCGUUCAAGAUCCCUCUAGUGCUGCUGCAACACAGGCUGAAAAAGAGGAAGUGGAUUCACGAUCAAUAUAUGUCGGUAAUGUAGACUAUGCAUGUACUCCUGAGGAAGUUCAGCAGCAUUUCCAGUCUUGUGGAACGGUGAACAGAGUCACUAUUUUGACGGACAAGUUUGGUCAGCCAAAGGGAUUUGCUUACGUUGAAUUUGUCGAAGUGGAUGCAGUUCAAAAUGCUCUUCUUUUAAACGAGUCGGAGUUGCAUGGUCGUCAAUUGAAGGUAUCUGCCAAGCGUACCAACAUUCCUGGAUUGAAACAGUUCCGAGGGAGGCGGCCUAACCCAUAUCUUGGUUUUCGAGGGCGGAGACCCUUCAUGCCUGGUCCCCCUUUCCUUGCUCCAUAUGGAUAUGGCAAGGUCCCAAGGUUCAGGCGGCCUAUGCGAUAUAGGCCUUACUAUUAAUGGGAUUGCAUCCGCUUGCCAAGGCCAGGCAUUUGGUUUUAUGGUGUGGCACAUAAUGCCUAGUGGCCAUAGCCAUAGUAGUGUGACCUGGAGCAAGGGAAUCCAUUUUCUUCAGUACGUGUAUGAUCUUUUACACAUUGAAGGCUGACUUAAUGUUUCUAAAAUCUGGGUUAUUUGAAGACGAUAGGUAGACAUCCUGUUAGUUCAUCCAUCCAUGGAUUUAGGUUGGAUGAGGCUGGCAGCUGAUGGGGACACAUCAAAUUCAUAUAUUUGCACUUAAUUCUUGUAUCUCUACAAUUUACAAUUCUAGGUCAUGUGACUUGGGCAAAUAUUGUGAAUUAGGGACCACUGCUCUAUGCGCAAGUGGGUUAAUUUAGGAGGUUGGAUCUAUUGAUAGCAGGGGUUGUUUCUUUGGAUUUAUUGAUUACAAAUUACUUCUGGAGGUAUUGUUCUGGUGGUUUUGUUGCA